GGCACCCUUAGUGGUAACUCAGGAGAUGAGCGCCUGGGAACGCAAGUGUGUUCGGCUUUAAAGAGUGAUCGUCAGGAGACUCAGGACACUAUCGGAUAGACGGUCAAGCGAGUAGGACACGAAUGUAGCAGUACAGUGCCCGGAUAGUUGUUGUGAUAAAACGCGUGUGUUUAUUCAUCAUAUUACGAACCACACGAAGACGUAACACCGUUGAAAGUGUCGCACUGAGUUGGAUAACGAGCUUAAUUUAAACCAGAUUGUGUUGUGCUGUGAGGUUGAGUUAAGAUCGGGAAAAUGGGGAAUCUUCUUUGGCUUUUGGGUUUGCUCUGUGGCUCGCUCGUAGUGCUGAUCAAUGGAGAAUUUAUAGAGAAAUCACAGUAUCACCGUAUGCCGAAACUCUGGCAGAUGGAUGAUUACGACGAAUGUCUCGAGUCACCCGGUCCGGGAGAACCGCCGGGCGUGUACUGUGGUUUGUCCGUCGUACUGAAGCCCAACAAUCGGUCUGAGCUUUGGAAGCUGAUUGAGGAGUUUUCCAGCGACUAUAAGCGCCACUAUAACCAUCAAGUGCUCAAAUGGGGUGUUUGCAUCAAAAGGUGUCAAAAGGCGAUUGAAAAGCUCUCACCAGCGGAAAGAAAUGUAUUAACGGUGGAGCCAUUCCCGAUUGAUGUUCGGUACAAAUUCAAUGAUGGCAUACUGGAAAACAUUCCUACGUACCGAGAGGCCUAUCACGAUGUUCUGGAAAUUUGCGUCAACAAGGAGCUUAACGAUACGUACGGUUUGGUCGCUCAUACCGAGAUACUUUCGUGUGACAAAUCCACCGAUGAGGUUGUUAUAGAUGCACUCGAUAUGUCCUUCCUCAUUGUUCUAUGCGCGCUUGUAUGCUUUGUGACGCUUUCUUCCUGGUACGAUAGCUCGAUCAACUGCAAACGAACCUCCGACCACUACAGACAACCGUUAGACAGCAAACGUAAAAUGGUUUGGGUGUCCUUCUCUAUUCAACGCAACUGGUACCGACUAACGUCGCGAUCGCACGACGAACUAAACCAAAAACUGCGCUUCUUCCAGGCGUUCCGAUUUAUCACAUUAUGGUUUGUAAUAAUUGGCCAUGUCUCCAUGCUGCUUUCUUUCACACCGACCACCGAUUCAGAAAAGCUUGAAAAAAUGAUGCACAGUGUGGGCAGCAUGAUACUCACGAACGGUGUGCAGUUCACACAAACGUUUCUUGCGAUGAGUGGCACACUGUUAUCGAUACAGUUUUGUAGCUUUGCCGAGAAUCGGAAGGGAAAAGUCAGCUUCCUUUACAUUCCAUUGGCGAUCCUUUAUCGUUACGUCAGAUUAACUCCGGUGUAUGCGUUCGUGAUACUGCUGCAUGCCACGUGGCUGCUGAAGCUGCAAACUGGCCCCCUGUGGCGCUGGGGCGCCGAAACCGAACAAACAUCAUGCCGCCGGAACUGGUGGACGAACCUACUGUACAUCAACAACUACGUACAUGCUGAUGAGCCAUGUGUCCAGCAGGCAUGGUACCUUGGUGCCGAGUUUCAAAUAUUCAUCAUCGCACUGAUCGUGCUGGUUACGAUCGUAAAGAUCCCCCGUGCUAAGUUCCUUAUACUGGGAUUGGUGCUACUUGCAGGCUACGUCAUUCCCGCGCUGUUCAUCUACUACCAAAAGCUAGAGGGAACGUACAUUAUCACUUUAGAGUAA